CGUUCUUUGAAAAAGCAUAAUCGCGGGCUUAAGUAAAUUUAACCAAUGUAAACAACUUAUUAUAAUGUGAACUGUGAACUGUUUUGGCUGACACUAUUCUGAUCUCUAUAAUUUUUAUCUGAUCCAAUGUUUAUAUUUGUUGGAAAUCUAAAAAGUAAAGGAUAAAAUAAAUAAACAGUGCAAUGAGCAAUAUUUAUAUUCAGGAACCACCAACUUCCGGAAAGGUUCUUUUAAAAACCUCCGUGGGUGAUAUAGACAUAGAACUGUGGUCUCGAGAAUGCCCCAAAGCAUGUCGAAAUUUUAUACAGCUUUGCAUGGAAGGAUACUAUAAUGGUACGAUAUUUCAUCGUGUGGUAAAAGGUUUCAUUGUUCAAGGUGGAGACCCAAAUGGUGAUGGAACAGGUGGAGAAUCCAUAUUUGGUCAUACCUUUAAAGACGAGUUCCAUUCGCGUAUUCGUUACACGCGACGUGGACUCAUUGGUAUGGCGAAUUCCGAUAAGGACGAUAAUGGGUCACAGUUUUUCUUUACAUUGGCGGCGACACCGGAAUUGCAAAAUAAAAAUACUCUCUUCGGUAAAGUGACCGGUGAUACCUUAUAUAACAUGCUAAAGUUGGAAGAAGGAUUGGUGGACCACAAUGAACGUCCUAUGUAUCCGCAAAAAAUUCUGCGAGCCGAAAUAUUAAAUAAUCCAUUUGAAGAUAUUGUACCCCGUAAAUUGGCUAAGGAAGUGAAGAAAGAAAAAACCAAAAAACGCGAAAAAGGCGUCAAAAAUUUCGGGCUACUUUCAUUCGGCGAAGAAGCCGAAGAGGAUGAAGUGGAAACUAAUGAAUUUGUUCAAAAAAAUGCUGGAAAAGCAAAAUCCAUGCACGAUGUGGUAGACGAUCCCAAACUAAGCAAAGAUGCCUUGCGUAUUGAAAGCUCAAACAUAAGCUGUGAUGAUGAAGAGGCUUUAGACGAAGAACGUAGGCUAUCCCGCAUCAAAAAAGAACCUAUGGAUGAUGAUGACAUUGAAGAACGACGGCAGCGUAUAAAAGAUAAGCUAAAAUCGAAAACAAGAGAAACUAAGAGUUCAAACAAAACAGAAGCAAUGGAAGUAAAAAUAGAGCCGUCCGACUCAGAAGAAGAUGUGCUAAUGACGCAGGAAAAAGAGCAUAAAAUAAAAAGCGAAAAGAAAAGAGAUGAGAUUCGGCAAGAAAUCCUGAACCUUAAAAAACAAUAUCAAACUGAAAAACGAGAAAGAGAAAAUAUUACUGAGAAAAAGCAGGAGAAGACCAAAACUAAAGAUAUCCAACCCAGUGCCGAAGACAACGAGUUCAUCAAAAAUUUUAUAGAUGAAAAAGAAAAAUAUAGCGGUUUGAAAUCGAAAAUUCCCAAAAAGGGUGCCAGUCGUGAGGAUUUCACUUUAAGUUUACUUUCGAAAUUCCGCAAUAAAUUAGAUGCGCUUAAGCAAAAGCAAAGCGAAACCAAUGAUGACAAAAAUGAAGUUUUAGAUGAUGGCAUUGUUGAGAAGGAAAUACAAGGAGACGAUUGGCUAGCACACACAUUAAAAUUCGAAGAAGCUGUGCCGGUACUAGCAAAGGAUGCUUCCACGAAGGGGGAUGAUUGGUAUGAUGCAUAUGAUCCCAGAAAUCCUUUAAACAAACGUAAAAGAGGAGAGGGUUUCAAAAACGGUGGAAGUAGUAGUAAAAGUACAAGACGGAAUUAAUAAAAUAGUACAAAAUAUAUUUUUAUGAACCAAUUGAAAAUGGGGAAUUGGCUAAUAAAUCAAGUAGCCUUUCUUUGCAUCGUUUUCUGUUUUUAAAUUUAAUAAGAUAUUAAAAUGCUUAAGAAUAUCUUCAAGGAAAAUAUCAAU